AUGGCCACCGACGAAAAGAUGGCUACCAAACAGAACUCGGACACCGACCAGAAGGUCGACACCCCGAUGUACGCCAUCCGGGACGUUCCCGGCAAGGGAAAGGGUCUCAUCGCAACCAAGCCUAUCCCCAAAGGCACUCGAAUCCUGGCCGAAGCCCCCGUCUUCACAAAUCCCCUCGCUUUAGAGAUCCAAAACGUCAAGGCCGAGGUCAUCCGUCGGGUCAACAACCUUACGCCAGCCCAAAAGACGGCCUACUUCGACUUGACCCGCCUGGACAUGUUCAGGUCCGAAGAUCCAGCCUGGAACGUCUUUUGCAGCAACUGCCUGAGGGGACCCGCUGAAGAAAUCCACGGUCUUUACUUGAUAGCCUCGCGUGUCAACCACGCCUGUCUGAACAACGCCCACGAGUCCUGGAACGCAAUCCUGGGGAAGCUCACCCUCCACGCUCUCAAGGACAUAGCAGAGGGCGAAGAGAUCACCAUCUGCUACCUCAACAAGCUCCGGGACAGGGCCGGACGCCAGGCGGGACUCCGCGAGUUCACAUGCACCUGUAGCCUGUGCUCCCUCGAGGGGCAGCGCCUGGAAGAGAGCGACCAGAGACUGAGGCAAUCGUGGUAUUUGUACGAGCUCUUGGGGAUUCGGUCCGAGGCCACUGACGAGUCGGUAUGGAGGAGAUAUCGCGCCAUCCGGGAAUGCGCCGACCUGCUCGCCAAGGAGGACGCGUUCGACCACUACUCGAUCCAUCUUUACUCCAUCGCCUGCUUCUCGUUCAUGGUGAUGGACGAGCGUGCAAGACACAUGGCUUUACUUGAGCGGCACCAUCAGGCUUGCCUCUUGUUCCUGGGCGACGACAACCCCAAGACGUUGAGCAGCCAGCAAACGCUCCAGGGUCUAGCCCACUGGAACUCCGUCAUGGGCAGGGUAGACCCAGCCGUCGUGCCCGAAGGGCUUGACCCGGAAGCCUUCGAGGACUGGCUCUGGAGAGACAGCAACGCCUGUCUCAACGGCUUUGCUGACCUCAGCAACGAAGCUGUCUUUCCUCGCCUCGGAGGUCUUCCUAUCUCGGCCAGAAACAGUCCAGAUUACUUUAAUUUCGCCGGUAACGGACGCCGUUUACAGCCUCGCAAGGCCUGGUGCCUUCUCGCCGAGAUUAUCAAGACCGGCUCCAUCCCUGGAGGCGUCCGGUUCUGGAUCCAGGACCACUACCGCAACCAGUGCCCAAUCGAAUUCAAGUCAGGAGGUCAAAACUCAAGAGCCCUCAGCCCCGAGCCCCGAGUUGGUUGGGCCAUCGCCAUCUUGCGCCCCGUCAGGAAGGGUUACCUCGCCGAGCACUUAAUCUUAGGGCAGCAUCUCCAGUAUAUGCUUCGCGUUAGAGAUCGUGAGAAGGACCUUAUCAAGAUAUUCCCAAUGUCCUUGAACGAUCUGAUGUCGCUGAGUGCUCGCGUGCAGCAGUUCUCGAUCCAGCACGAUGACGGAAUGAGAACAUGCCAUGCCUGCCAACGUCAGGGAACCUCACUCAUGGCAUGCGCUAAAUGCCACUUUUUCUGGUAUUGCGACAAGGAUUGCCAGGCGCAAGGUUGGCGUGAGAAAGGCCACAAGAACGACUGCAAGAUGCUCGGGGACUCCGACCUGAAGGCCAUCUUUCAGACUGCCUGGGACGACUUGGGCAACAGACCCUUGAGAUUCCCUCUGUGA